AUGGUCGUCAUCAAGGCUUUUGCACACAGAGACACCAAGGAACUGGCUCAGUACCUCAACGACCAGAGACCUCACCCACCACGAACCUUCGUACCCGAACUCAUCGAAGGAGGUCAAGUCAAACCGUGCACCGGCUGGAUGAACCUCCUAAAGCCACCUCAGAACGGCUGGUGGGCAGACAGACAAGCCUGCCAAUGCCCACCCUGCUACUUCUACACCUUGACUGAUCAAAUCAACAGUGGCGCCUUGCCCUUUCCCGUCGCUGUUCCCCUGGCCCAACUCAUCAAUGUGGGCUUGAUCAGACUCAACUUCCGCCAUCCCCAACACGCAAACGUGUUUACUGCCGAGGACAGAGACUACGCCCUGUCCCUGCACCGUGAUAUUUGCUAUGGCAUCAAUUCGGGCCAACUUCCCCUCCAGCUUCUGGAAAUUCUUCUUGUCGCAUCUCGCAAGGCUGUGCUUAAGCCUCUGAACCAAGAAGAUCCAGAGUACAACCACAAAGAGUUCGAGUUACAUCUCAAACGCGCCAUUCAGAGAUGCAAGGAAGAUCAAAGCAACGGCGAAGGUUGUUUGGAUGAUGAAGAGCAAACCAAAGAAGGUGCUCAUUCAGAUGAAGAACACGAUCCUGGCGUUUGGUCGUCAGAUGCAGCUGACCACACGAGCAAGAAGCUUGAGGAGAACACCAGGUCACCUGCUGAGCUGGAGAGAGAGGGAAAUCUUGCUCGUUUCGAGAGCAUGAGUCUUUCGAUGCCGACUCAAACUCGUUCUGGACGCCCUCGCAGCAACUCUGAGCCGCUCGAGAAGCCUAGUGACAAGAUGAACACUCAGGAGUAG